UUCUGGAAGCCAUUUUGAAUUUUAGAAGUCGAAGUCAACACAUCAGCUAGAUGAAGCUCAGGAAGAGAAAAUCGAGGAGGAUGACGUAGAACACGUGAAAAUGAAUCCGGACAACGAGCGAAAAUUGUGGCGGAACUGGAUGUUCCUAAAACAGGAACUUCCAGUUCUGGAAAUAACAGACAAAAUGAUAGCGGCUGGGAUAUUUACGGAGGACAACAAAAAGGACAUAAAUAACGUCAAACCAAACACAAAAUUGAUGAGAGCUGAGAGGUUUCUUAAUAUUCUGUUGGAAACAGGAGAUAAAGGAUAUGAAACAUUUUGUCAUUUCCUCCGCCAAGAGUCUUCUGGAAGAUUUGAGGAAAUCAACGAGAAAAUGGAGAUCGCUGUACAUCUGGAGCCAGUUAUUGAGGGUUAAUGUCUUACAGAUCCUGCGGCUGCCGGAGGAUCCUGUGACCAGAGCCAGACUGAAAAACCAGCAAACCUUACUCCCGACAGACAAAAUACAAUGAACAGCAGACAGUCGUCUUCAAUUUCCCGCGCCAGUACUAAUAUGUCGUUUGCUCCUGAUCCAGUGCAAGCAGCCGCCUCCGUGCAAACUGCAGCGGCAGUUAUGGCAAACGUAGGUGUUAACGAAUCCGGAGUAGACUUGAAACUUUUGGAAACUGAACUUGUGCGCAUUGCACCGACAAUUGCCGAACUUUUCCAAAAAAUAGUUCAGACAACGAAACAGACAAAUCCAACUUGGGAUGAACUGCAGAAAGUGAAAGCAGACAAUGAGAGGUUACGAAAAUCUAAUCGGGCUCUUAUUGAAAAACUCAACACUUUCCAAAAGCAAAUUAUUCAACUUCAGCUUGAAAAUAAAAAACUUCGUGACAAAGGAGUAUGCGAAACUGAGACCAAGGGAGAACUCGACAGGAAAGCCGAGGAAUUAGAUAAACUGAAACAAAAGUUAGAGCAACAGAAACAAGAGCUGAUAGAAAAAGACCAGGAGUUGAACGAACAGCUCCAGAAAAUCAAAGAUAUUGAGGACGAGAAUGAUAGACAAAAAGUUCAAAUUCUUAACCUUCAAGUCCUUCACGAUGAGGGCGUCAGCGAAAGAUCUCGUCAGCAGAUUCAAAUCACAGAACUCCGUGAAGAAAAGGAAAAACAGAAUAACAAGAUUGCACAUCUGGAGGAAAUGCAGAAAAAAGACGAGGACCGUUUGGAGCGCUUGGAAGCGCGCCUUCGACUGCUGGAGCAGCUCGCUCCCGCCUCGACUCGAGGCUCAACAUACGGUGCCCCGCGUCGCCGGAAUGCACGAGUUGUAUCUCCUCCACGCGCCAUGCCUUGGAUGAGCGGGGUCGUAAACCGAUCACAUCAUGCCAACGUGAAGUUCACACCACCUCCACCACGGGGCGGUGUUGGAGGAAAGACCCAAGAAAAGGGAUGGUCUUUUUGAGAUAAAAGAAGGAUCCGGAACAACAAAAACAACAUUAGGAUUAAAAUGUGUAUCUGACUGAAUAUGGAAAAACUGCCUCCUUUGUUUGUUAAAAUUAUAUGCUUUUAAAAUCAUAAACUUGAGGCAGCAAAGUGUAUAAAUUUACAGCCAUCUUUUUUUUAAGUCACUGCUUUACAUUAACUGUUUAAAAUUCCUGUACUCCAUAUUUGCACGUUUUAAAGUUAACGCAAUGCCUUUUAGAACAAUUUGUUCUCAAAGGAGGUGCAUAGAAGCAUGAAGGUUGUUUCAAAGACAACAGUACAGGUGAUCUUUGUUAGACAUUCAUUAUCAUGUUACAUCUUAUACAUAGUCAAUAAAACAUUUAAUAAAGCAUCAAUUUUAGCAUUUAAAUAUA